CGUGUGAAUGGGCUCGCGAGGAAUUGCCCCUCUGCUCCACUGGUAUCGCUCUGCGAAGAAAGACGGCUCUUCAACAAAACGACAUAGUGUUCACUCACCAUGACUCAUCAUGAUCUUGGCGUGAUGGUGAAAACAUGGAACUUUACACUCGAGGUGAAUCGUGAUGUCGAUCAGCACAGGGAAUUCGAGCAUCCGAUGAGCUGUUUGGCGCUCGUAGACUGUGGAAAGUCUUCCGUAUUUCCGGAAACAAUCCGCGCGCUCCACCCACGUUUCAAGCCCCGGAUGUCAGCGAUAACCAUCAAUGCGACAAGCACUGGCUCGAUACAGACUAAGGGGAAUCCAUUCCUUCGUCAGACCGUCGGCAAACAGUCUACCACUACUACUCUUCCUUCGCUUCGAAACCGUGCAUCUCAACCACUGAUUGCGCUGACGAUGGUCGAGCUUAUACAGCUGCUAAUGCAAGACUCGAGGGCGACAACAGUCAGCACUACUGUAACAUUAAAAUGCUGGCGACGUCUUAUCCCUGCAGGAUCAUGUCGACACGCUCGCUGCGCACAUCACCGCGUGCGCUUUCCACAGCCCAUAUAGUCCGAGGCCUUGACGGUGGUUGCCAAAGUCUGGACCGCGGCGGUUUCAUGUCCUACUUCGCUUAACAUCCAAUAUGCCUGAUCCUGUGUCGUGCGCUGCCUCCGAGGCUGGCGAUGCCGUCGAGAACUUCAUCUGUCCCACCUGCUCAAAGUCUUAUCAACGCCGUGAGUCUCCCGUGUGAAGUGGCCGGACCGCCUUGUUCGUCGAGAGACGCACGCUGA